CCCUCCCCACCGGUAUCUCCCCCCCCCUCCCCACCGGUAUCUCCCCCCCCCUCCCCACCGGUAUCUCCCCUCCCCUCCCCACCCCCCCCCUCCCCACCUGUAUCUCCCCCCUCCCCACCUGUAUUUCCCCCCUCCCCACCUGUAUCUCCCCCCUCCCCACCUGUAUCUCCCCCCUCCUCCCCACCUGUAUCUCCCCCCUCCUCCCCACCUGUAUCUCCCCCCUCCUCCCCACCUGUAUCUCCCCCCUCCUCCCCACCUGUAUCUCCCCCCUCCUCCCCACCUGUAUCUCCCCCCCCCUCCCCACCUGUAUCUCCCCCCCCUCCCCACCCCCCACCUGUAUCUCCCCCCCCCCUCCCCACCUGUAUCUCCCCCCCCUCCCCACCUGUAUCUCCCCCCCCCUCCCCACCUGUAUCUCCCCCCCCCUCCUCCCCACCUGUAUCUCCCCCCCCUCCCCACCUGUAUCUCCCCCCCCUCCCCACCUGUAUCCCCCCCCCCUCCCCACCUGUAUCUCCCCCCCCUCCCCACCUGUAUCUCCCCCCCCUCCCCACCUAUAUCUCCCCCCCCUCCCCACCUGUAUCUCCCCCCCCUCCCCACCUGUAUCUCCCCCCCCUCCCCACCUGUAUCUCCCCCCCCUCCCCACCUGUAUCUCCCCCCUCCUCCCCACCUGUAUCUCCCCCCUCCUCCCCACCUGUAUCUCCCCCC